AAAAGAAUAUGAAAUUUUGAUUUACGGCGCGACUCGGCUGAAGCCAUCUCCGGCCCUGCAUUUUCCCCGGACAAGCUCAGCAGCUUCUGCUUGGCUCUCGACUUCCGACAGUGUCUGAAUCUCACUCGAGCUAAUUGUUCUAUCUAUUAAUAAGACGGAGAAAGGAUUCCUGCCGGCGAUCAAUGUUUCUCUGGAAUUCGGUUUAGUAGAAUUACCAUUUAACUCAAGUAUAGAGCGAGAGAUCUAUUUGACGAUGGAAGCAGCCGAGAAAUCCGAAGAAACGGCCUCAAGUGGUACUAACAAAUUGCCUGGAAUGGUGAACUGGGGUACGGCAACUACCAUUGGAGUGUUUGCAGGCAUGUUUUAUGGAGGAAGCAAAGAAGCGGCAGCUUCGGUGAGCAAGGAUGCAGAAGUUACAUUGAAGCUGGGUAGCACACCUGAUAAACGUGAACAAUAUAGGUUAAUCAGAGAUGCAAUGGAGAAAAGAUUUAUUCGAGUUACACGAGGCUCAAUAGUUGGUGGUGUGCGCCUUGGGAUGUUUACAGCUGCAUUCUAUGGUUUACAAAAUCUGCUAGCCGAGAAGCGUGGUGUGCAUGACGUUUUCAAUGUUGCUGCAGCUGGUUCUGCCACAGCUGCUACAUUUGGUGUAAUACUGCCAGGAUCACUCAAGUGGCGUGCCAGGAACGUUGCAUUGGGAUCUGUCCUUGGUGCAGCAUUUUGCUUCCCUCUUGGUUGGCUUCAUUUGAAGCUUGUAGAGAAAGCAAACGAAGGUAAUCAAGCACUUGCUUAUCCUAAUACAGUUCAAAAGGGUGAAUCAAAGAGUGGUGUCGGUGCUGCUAUUGAGAGACUUGGAGAAAGCUUGAACAAGUAGAUUCAAUGACAUCACCUCCCCAUUUGCCAGUGAGAUAUCGAGAACGAGGUCAAAGUUGAGUGUGUACAGACCAUGUCCAACCAGGAUAGUUGGUUUUUUGCUUGCUUCUUUCGACCAUUUUUGCAGGAGUUUCUGGUGGUUUCAAAGAUGAUAAGCCGGUUAUCCCUGGGGACUACCGAGUACCAAUUCAGGAAGAAAAAAUAUUUCACCUUGUCCGUUUAAUCUCAUUUCAUUAGGAAUCAGCCUUCUUAUUUUCCUUGUAGAUUAUUUUUUUUCUGGGGCCAUCGGGCCAGGGCCCCCCUCCUAAGCAGGGUUGUGCCUUCAAAGAUUUGUUUUAUAAGCCAAUCAUGGGUUGAUUCUUUCUUCCAGAAAUUCCUCUCCAGUUUUGUUUAGAUAGUGACCGACAUUCAUCGUUUAAUUAUAUAGAUGUGUUGGUGAUGAAUCCAUAUGAAUAGACUGCUGUCUUCUGGGGUAAAAA